AAAAACUUUUCUGAAAUUUUUAAAGAAUCAUAAAAAUUAAUUAAAAUAAAAGAAAAUGGUGAAGAAAAAGAUAGAUAAUCGCAUCCGUUUGAUGAUUGAGAAUGGCGUUAAGCUGAAGCAUCGUACAAUGUUCGUUAUAGUGGGCGAUAAAGGACGAGAUCAGGUACCAAUUCUGUAUGAUAUGCUGGUCAAAUCAUCUGUGAAAUCGAGACCGACUGUAUUGUGGUGCUACAAGAACAAAGAUGAAGCCAUCUCAAAUCAUGGCCGAAAACGAGCAAAAAAGAUACAGGCAGGAAAGGUGAAUAUCGAGGAAGCAGAUUUGUUUGAUGUCUUUAGAUGUUCUACGACAAUUCAUGGAAAAUAUUAUAAAGAUUCUCAUCAAAUACUUGGUCGAACAUACGGAGUUUGUGUCUUGCAGGAUUUUGAAGCUCUUACGCCUAAUUUACUGGCCAGAACUGUUGAAACAGUCGAAGGUGGUGGAUUAAUUAUUCUAUUGUUGAAAACAAUCAAAUCAUUGAAGCAAUUAUACACGAUGAAUAUGGAUAUCCACAAAAGAUAUCGAACAGAUUCACAUCAAGAAGUCAAAUGUCGCUUUAAUGAACGAUUAAUUCUGUCACUAGCUGAUUGCGAUCGAUGUCUUUUAGUUAAUGACAAUCUUGCUGUACUUCCAUUAAGCUUGAAGACAGGAAACAUUGAAGCGAUUGAUGUUGGCGAAAUUUUAAAAUCACCAAAUGAUGAGGAACUAGAAGAAUUAAAGGAAUCACUAAGAGAUACGCCACCUGCUGGUCCAUUAAUCAACUUGUGUAAGACAUUAGAUCAAGCAAAAGCUGUGGCACAGUUCAUUGACUCACUCGCUGAGAAACAAUUAAAGCCACCAACAUCAUUAACAGCUGCUCGUGGACGAGGUAAAUCAGCAGCUAUGGGAUUAGCAGUUGCUGGAGCUGUAUCUUUUGGUUACAGUCAAGUUUAUGUCACUUCUCCAUCUCCUGAAAAUUUAAUAACAUUUUUCGAGUUUGUUAUGAAAGGAUUUGAUGCUUUAGCUUAUCAGGAACAUCUCGACUACACAAUCAUUCGAUCUACAAAUCCUGAUUUCAAUAAAGCUAUUGUAAGGAUCAAUUUGACAAGAAACAAUCGCCAGACAAUUCAAUUUAUUUCACCAAAUGAUGCUCAUUUACUAAAUGCUGCUGAUUUACUGAUCAUCGAUGAAGCUGCUGCAAUUCCACUUCCAUUAAUUAAAGCUAUGCUUGGACCAUACCUAGUUUUUAUGGCUUCAACUAUUAAUGGAUAUGAAGGAACUGGAAGAUCAUUGAGUUUAAAACUAUUGUCACAGAUCCAGAAAGAAAAUAAUGCACCACCGCCUAUCAAAUUAGAGGAAUCAAUUCGUUAUAAUCCAAAUGAUUCCGUCGAAAAAUGGUUAACAUCAUUAUUAUGCUUAGAUGUUCAAGCUUUACCUCAUUUAAGCAGUGGAUGUCCAACACCUGAUUUAUGUGAAUUAUACUAUAUCGAUCGAGAUGCAUUAUUUUCAUAUCAUCGCGCUGCUGAAUCAUUCUUACAAAGAGUUGUGUCCAUUUUCGUUUCAUCACAUUACAAAAAUACACCAAAUGACCUGCAAAUGUUGAGCGAUGCACCUGCACAUCAUAUUUUCUGCUUAUUAGGUCCAAUCACUAAGAAAGAUCAACUUCCAGAAAUUCUCGUCAUCAUUCAAGUCUGUUUGGAAGGAAAAAUUUCACAGAAAAAAUUAAAUGAUUCAGCUGGAUCGCGUUCAGCUGGCGAUUUAAUUCCUUGGAAUGUCUCUGAACAGUUUAAUGAUCGAGAAUUCACAAAACUUUCUGGUGCAAGAAUCGUUCGUGUUGCUACACAUCCGAAUUAUCAGAGAAUGGGAUAUGGAAAGAAAGCAAUAAGCUUGUUAAAGAAUUAUUAUGAAGGCAAAUUCACAUCAUUAAAUGAAAAUGACGACGAAAGUGAAGGUGAAGGAUUUGAGGAAAUUAAUGAUGACGAAGCUGAUUUAUUGACGGAAGUGAUUAAACCUAGGAAAAAGAUUCCUACAUUAUUAAAGCGUUUGCAGGAAAGAAAACCUGAAGCUUUAGAUUACAUUGGAACUUCUUAUGGUCUGACACAAGAAUUGCUGAAAUUCUGGAAGAGUCAAAAGUUUGUUCCAGUUUAUUUGAGUCAAAAAGAAAAUGACUUGACUGGUGAACAUUCGUGUAUUAUGAUUGCGUCUUUAAAUGCUGAAAGAGUUGAGACAAAGGAUUGGCUACAGGAAUAUUACAUUGAUUUCCGUAGACGGGUUCUAAAACUGUUUCCAAAAUCUUUCACAAAAUAUUCUACAGCAUUAGGACUGUCACUAUUAGAAAACAAGAAUGUCAAAAUUCCAAGUAAGGAAUUAGCUCAACAGGAAUUAAAUUCAUUUUUGACACCACAUGAUGUUCAACGUUUAGAAUCAUAUGUCAGGAAUCAAAUAGAGUAUCGUCUAAUUUUGGAUUUAACCAAUGACUUGUCAUCCUUGUACUUUCAAAAUAAGCUACCAAAUGCACCACUUGAUGCUUUACAAAAAGCAAUUUUGUUAGGAAUAGGAGCACAAAAUAAGCAAUUUGAGAAUCUUGUGGCUGAAUUUAAUAUGCCAAACAGUCAAAUUCUUGCUAAAUUUUAUGAUACAGUAAAGAAAUUGACUAAAAAUAUCCUUCAAAUCAUGCAAAAGACAAUUGAAAGUGAAAUGCUCGAUGAGGUCCAAUUAAAUGCUGGAAAAGAAUUUAAGCCAUUAGAACAGACAAUGGAUGAGGAACUGGACGAAGAAGCUAUGAAAUUGGAGAAGAAACAAAAGAAAGAAUUGAUAAAAUUAAAGAAGGAAUCAUUAGCUCAAUAUGCCAUAAAAGGAAAUGACAAGGACUGGGCGAGUGCAUUAAAGAAAUCUGACAAAAAAUUGGUCAUUUCCGUUAAAAGUGGUGAAAAACGUGGUUUAACAGAACUAGAUGAAGAUGAGGAAGAGAAGGAACGACCAAGUUUUAAUAAGAAUAAGAAGAAGAAAUUUCACGGUAAGAAGGAUCGAUUUUUUAAAGCUUAAUUAAUGUUUUUAAAUGAAUUAAAGAUUUAUGAAAUAAAGUUAAAAAUAACGAC